CUACUCUUACUUAUUACCCCGCAUGCCAGGAACUGUUUUCACAGGACAGUCAGAGCAUCCUACAGUUUUUACCCCUGACAAAUGAAAAUAUGGCACAGUCCUCGCAUAAUUUACCUUGCUUGGGUGAUUUGCGGCUUCCUCGGUGCCUUUCUCCAUUAGAGCCUUCUACCUCAGCAACAAAACAUCAGCCUGCCCUCAACAACUCAGUGAACCAAAGCCAUAAAAUUCAGCCACAGCCAUCUCUACAUGGGCGACCCUGGCUAACAGUAAACCCCGGGCCACUACAAUUCCCUUUCAGUGCCAUCACUCACAGAGAAAAUAAAAGUGUGUCUUUAUCACAGGAUACACACUGCAGCUGUUGGUCAAAGCAAUGGCAGAAACAUCCGGAUAUGAGUCCACAAAACGGGGGAACCUGUGCAGCAUCUUGUACUAUGAAAGAAGUGGAAGAGAGAGGAGCACAAUCUGCUGGUCAUCAAAAUGUGGCAGAGCUCAAAUCUUCUCUCAGGAAAAAGGAAGAAAGUUUGAAAUGUAAACAGGGUGACACUAAAGGCGAUGCUGCAGCACCUAAAAAGAGGAAGAGAAAGCACACAGCUCGUCCACAAGAGGCCAGCUCUACUCUGGCAUACAAACAUGUGAAAGUCAGUGAUGGAACAAAAGGUCAAAUCAACCUGGGCCUUUGUUCAGUCAGCUUGUCAAGCAACAAUGUGCUAGCGAAGGAAAGAGAAAUGGCCACCGGUUCCUCAAACACAUUAAAAAAAUUUGUACAGAAACAAAAUGAGCCAUCACCUACAGACAGUCAGGGAGAGAAAACUAGAGGGCCUGGCGAUCUCAGUAGUGACCAGAAAAGAAUCAGGACCAGGGCUUUUCUGAAAAAAGCUCAAGAGACACCAAGUAACUCAAGCACAGACAAUUUAGUUUUAAAACCCACGUACCGUAUAGCUCCGAUUGUGAAUAAACCAGGAGUUUGCAAGCGGGGACGUGGAAGACCAAGGAAAACAAAGCUUGAGGAAAGCCAACCAGGGAGCUCUCAUGCCAUCAUUGAAAAACCGAACCACAAUGUAGAAAAAGACCUCCAAGUUUACAGCAAUUUGCUGAAGGAGGAGAGUGAAAAAGCAAAGAGAAGAUGUAAAAAACGGAGGAGGAAUAGUAAAAGUAAAAUGGAGGCAAUUCCACUGAAAAAGGCUGCAAGUGCUAAGAGACCUGUAAAGGCUCAGGCAAACAAAAACGAUGUAAUCCCAGAGGGAAGAAAACAUGGGACACCCAAACGGCCAUGGCUGGUCUCUCUAAAGGAGUUUCAAAAGAUUAUCAAACGCCAACACUCAAAAACAAGGGAGUCAAAAGAAAGCCAGGAGCAGAAAACUGAUGAAACUGUAAGAAAUGUAGAAAGUGAAGCAAAGGCGUGUGGUAGCAGAUCUGAAGAAUUAACUAAGGAGACAGAGAUGGACACAGACUCUGCUCAGACUCACAACAGUGACAGAAUUGAGGAGUCUCAUGACCUCCUCAGUGUCACAGUUGAUAAAAAUCACAAUCAGAUUUUCGACCAAUCAACAGCAGUGUGUGGCAAAUCGCAGCAAGAUGACACAAAUGGUUCCACUGGUAAGGAGACCAGUCUGUUUGGUGAAGGGUCCUUUAAUGUGUUGGGAGAAGAGGAGGCUGAGUUGGUAGCUGAGAGGGAGCAGCCGCUGGAGAAUCCUGAUGAAGCACAGGAAGUCUGUGAUGCAGGAGUGCCAGAUACAACACACCAGACCGCUAUCAACAAGGAAGGCUCAUCUUACAGUGACACCCAUCUGCCCCAAGAAUACAGAAUGUCUUUGGACCACAACUUGAAUCCCCAGACCAUGGAGAGAACUAGUCCACCUCUGUCAGACACUGUUGCUUUCAGCAAGAAAUCAGACUGUGAUCAAGAAGAAGAAGUGGAGGAGGAGGGGGAGGUAGAUGUUCUGCUGUACUCCCCAGACAAAGUGCCUCACAUCAGAGAGUGUGAGAAGGGACUGGACAACAUGGCCAUAAGUCCUGAGGAGGAAGAGGAGGAUGAUGAAACUGAGAUUGAUGUGACUGGAGAUGAGGCAGAGUAACCUUUGUAUAUGUGCAUACCUUUUUACUAUGUUGUGUGGCUAGUUCAGCACUUGAGAGUGCCAAGCCUAACAUUUUCUCUGUUCUGGUUUUUAAGUAUGUUCACAGAGAUGCCAAAUCCAUUUUGCUGUGACGCUAUAUCAGAAAUGUAUCUGUUUGCACCCUCAGUCAGUGCCUGGUGAUUAUAAGCUGUGUGUAUGCAAGAAUUACAGGCUGAAUACUUGUUUUGACCUCCAUUUAGUUCAAUAUAUAAGGUUCAAAUGGAUGUUUAAUUUCCAUUAAUAAUAUACCAAAGCUUUGAUUACAGAUGGGUUACAUUCUUACUGUUGUUCAUGUCUGUCAAUAAUUGUAUUAAUUUCACAUUUCCAGAUAAAUAAUAAGUGCCUGCUUAAGGUAAAAGCACUUCAGCAGCAGUGUCUGUGUAAGGAACUAUUAUAGGAAAGAAACCUAAUUUUGAGCCUGUAUUUGGAAAGCACAUUACGUUUUGAGUAAAGUACAUCAUUAUGGUUUAUAUAUAUGUAUAUAUAAAGAAAAAA